CAAGAGGCUUCCUGCUGCAGCAGCGGAGAGACACAACAAAAGCCAUGGGAGAAAUGUCCGGCUUUGAGAACAGAUUUCACUCUUAUUCCACCGCACAGCUGAACGAACUGCUGGAGGACGAUGACAAGCUCCGGAACAUUGUCCGGGAAAUGGAUGAGAUGCAAGAAAUGCAACAGAAUAAAGAGCUGACGAUUGCCAGUAAUCGCAGUCUUGCAGAGCAGAACCUCGGCCUGCAGCCCGAACUCGACCAUCAGAAGAUUCAGCUGACCAAACACUAUAGCUGUUUACAAGAACUCCACGAGGCCUAUCAGCUCCGCAAGUCCACACUAGGAAGCAGUUCACUAGACACGCUGUUGGCUCUUUUGCAAACGGAGGGAGCCAAGAUUGAGGAAGAAACAGAGAACAUGGCUGAUUCAUUCUUGGGUGGAACCUUAUCUCUGGAUAGCUUUAUUGAUGAUUACCAGAACAAGAGGAAGCUAGCCCAUCUGAGACGUGUGAAGAUCGAUAAGCUACAGGAGAUGGUGUUAAAAGGCAUUCAGUUUCCUCAGGGCUCCUCUAAUGGUUCUUCACAACCUCCGGAAACCUUCAGCUCCUCCGCACCCUUCCAAAGGGUUGCUAAAGAUUCUCUGGCCCUUGUAAGACCUACACCAACAUCUCAACCAUUGCCUUGUUCCUACCCCUUGCCAAACAUGGUAGCAUCAUAUUCAAGUCCGUACCCACCAGCACUCCCUCAGGGACCCAGCACUGGUCUUCCCCCACAGGCGGGUUUUAUAAUGCAAUGAUGUUCUGUUCCUUUACAUUAGAAUGUGAAAUGUGUUGUUUCAUUAGAUGCACUUUGAUCUGAUACAGGUUUGGGUUCUUGACCCAUUUGCAGGCCCACAUGGAAUUUGAUCCCGCAGUCUUCUGCAAAAUUUCCUAAAGUUCACCACAUUCUCUACCAUUGAUCAUGCCUUCAGCUAUCAAUAAGAGUAGUGUUCUCUGCUCUGUUUAACACAUUUUACCAUAUUCAAAAGUGAAUUGUGUUAAAAAAAUAUAUAUUUCUAUCUUAGCUAAUAUGCAGAGACUAUAAGUAAGACAUUCGUGGGUCGAUUUCCCUAAAACACUUUGGCUCUGUUUGUUUGAGCAUCCCAACCAACUUGACUCAACCAGUGGUGUGAGUUUGGGAUGGGGCUAUCAGUUUGUAUGACCAUGGCCAGGUAAGAGGAGCGUUCUGGAAACCAGUUUGAAAAAUUUUUUUUUUUUUGCAAUUCCAUUUGGUGUUGCAGAUAUUACACACUUCACUUUUAAAUAUAUUUUGUGAAAUUUUCCCCAUAAUCAGAGCAGAAAACGUGGAAAAAGUGUGCAGAUUCCAUGUGGGCAUGCAAGUUUGUUAACAAUGUAAUAAUUUCAGAAAUGCUGUGUAAUUAUAAUAUCAGAUUCAGAUUUCUUUAUGAUUUUACAAAUUCAAGACAUCAAAACCUUUCAUUUAAAAUCUUAAAUUACUUGUACAAAAUAGGGAGUAUUGCAUUUCUCUGUAAAUAUUCCUAAAUUUGACUGAAAAUUAUAGUGAAACAGAUAUGAUCCUAAAAAAGAAGGAAAUGGUUCAUAUGCACAUGAAAGACUUGAGAAUUUACUGUGUAUUUUGUAUUUGUGUAAAAACAUUCCUUUUGUCAAUGGAAUGAUGAUGAUAUUAUAUAUAGACAUUUUGGAUUUCUGGGUCAGAACUAACCAGCAACCAAAGAUGCACUCCAUCUUAUCCAUGAGCACUCCAUACAGGCUGUUUCCUAAGUUUUUGGGACUUAAACUUUCAUUUUAGUUUUAAUGUAAAUAUUCACUGUUUAACAGUAUCUGUGGCAUUAACAGACCAGACUAACAAGUAGGUCUGCUGUGGUAAACCUCCAAACCUUAAACUUUUUCACUGUUUUCUUUGAAAAAACUACUAACAUAAUAAGAUAUUAAUGUUAUAAUAUUAAAAUAAUUUGGAUGCUGUUUACAUUUCCAACAUGUAAAGUGAUCUAUUUUGUCAUUUUAUUUCUUUGUUGGAAUCUCUUUGCAGAAAAGUGCAGGUACUUUGAUGUAAAACUGUUGUCAUGCUGGACUGUGACAAUUUAUGUGGACGUUUUAUAAGAAGGAUGUUAUUAUGCAAGUUUGUAAUGUUAGAAAGUCACUUGCUGUAAGGGUAAAAAAAUCAAAAUCAAAUGUGCCUUGCAACAAACAAACAAAAACAAGUGAUGUUUAUUGAAGAAGAAAGCAUUUAAUCACACUGUACUUUGUUCAAAGCUACCAACAUUUUUUUUUUGUUUUUUGUAAUUAUUAUUUUGAACAACUGUUUAAUCUAUAGUGUGGUACCUUGUAACACUCCUUAUGUAUAGUACUGUAAAUUGUAAUUGUUUUAUCAGUGGUUAUUAAUGUCUAGAUUUUUUUAAUGCUGAUUAAUAAAUGCAUAAAACACUAACAAAAAGCAAAAAGUCAACAUUUUUUUGCUGUAUUUCGAACA